UAAUGUUCAUGUAGUUUCAUGUGACUCGGUCACUGUGGAGAGUCUGGACUCUGGUUGGUCGUAUCUGUUGUGACAUCAGAGAAAUACAAACGGAUCCCUGGAUCAGAAGCUGGUACAGUUUAGUGGCUUACACCGCUGACUUUGGUACAGGAGGUUGGGGAUUGAUUCCAGGUCAUCCCAGUCUGAGCCCUUAGGCAAGGCACUUCCUGACCUGGCCUUGAUGAUCUAAAGUAAAGAAUAAUAGACCUCAUGUUUUAUUCUGAUGCUGUCACCUGAUCUUGUGAGCUCAUCAAAAUUUCACGCGCGGAAGGUUCAAAGCCUCAGACUGUCGGCCAAUCACAGCCCUCCUCCACAGAUGUAACCUGGAAUUGCAGUGAGGUAGUGCAGAGUACGGAGGUCGUCAUGGAGAUGGUCAGGUGUGUUGUCAGUCAGGUGGAGGUGAGUUGAUGGCGUCCAGCAGUUUCAGCAGCAGCAGAGCUGUAGACGUCCAGUUCGCUUUACAGAGAGUGAAGAGGAAGAUUAACAACCUGCAGCAGCAACUGAGCAACAAAGAAACUGGCUCAGAAAGUCUGUUGACAUGGACGUUGAGCAAGGAGCUGUGGGACUCUCUGGUGGACAUGUACCCAGAUAAUCCAAGAGUGAACGUGGAGCUGAGACGACGUCUUCCCUCACCUGACCUCCACCUGUCUGACCUCCACCUGUCUGACAGACCAGGGACCAAUCGGAGCUCAGAAAACAGUGAGGCUCCUCUUCACCUCCAGCAGCCUCUGAGUUCCUGCUCUCCCUCCCCUCUGCCCCACAGUAGGAGGAGUGUCUCCUCCUUGUCCUCCAGGCCUUCCAGAGGUGCAGGGGGGAUGGAGAUGGACCUUUCCCCCAGCAGAGGCCCUUCUCCCCGGGCACAGAGCAGCAGGGACGACAAGGGAGGUGGAAGUCCUGUUCUCAGAGGACAAGUGGGGACGUGUGACCGCAGUUUCCAUCUGGACGUUUCGACCAAUCGACGGCCGAUUUUAGAUCGAGACCAGAACGUGUCGUUUCUAUUGAAGGAGCUCGACAACCUGAGGCACAUUAACCACAAGCUGCUGGAGCAGCUCGUGCAGAAGGAGGAGGAGCUACAGAGGCGACAAGUGGAGGAGGAGCUGAGGGAGGAGCUGACGGAGGCCAGAGGUUGGGAGAGGCCUUCAGGAAUGGCGUCCUCCGAGACGCCACCUCCGUCGAUCCGGCAGGGAGCGAGGAUCGUCCCGCCGGACAGUGACAGCACCGUGGAGGAAGUCCUGCUGGCUGUCGGACACGACCAGUUGGUCUUUGCCUCGCGGAUGAACAAAGCUGUAGUGGUGUUCCUGAAGGACGAGCUGCAUGUUCAUAUGCUGGUCGAGAGCGGAGUGUUCAUCCGGGACAUCUUCGUGCAGGUGUCCCCGCUGUCAGCUCCCUCCACGCGGAUCACCGUGUCUGGGGUUCCUCCGUUCAUCCCAAACAAGCUGCUGGAGAGCGAGCUGCGGAGGUUGGCCAGUGGGUUCAGAACGCUGAGCUUGGGAUGCAGGGACGUGAGGCACGUCCAGUCCCUGAGGCGACAGGCCUUCAUGUUCCUGGACUCGCCCACGCAAACUCUGGAGGUGUCGUUCAGGGUCAGGCACGGUGACGGGCACUACGUGGUGUACGCGAGCUCACGAAGUAUGAAGUGCUUCAAGUUUGGAGAUGUGGGACACAAACGGUUCGCGUGUCCGCGUGGCGGAGCGUCGGGGCCGGUGCCGUGGCGGAAUCUCCCGCGCGCGCUGGUGCCGAGGCGGGUUCCGCCGGUGGGUCUUUGGUUCCUACAGUUGAGGACAAUGAGGCGCCGAGUGAAGCAGACAGUAACAAAUAGUCCCAGUCUGUUAAUGAAGAUCCAGAGGGACAGAGUCAGGACAAGGACCUGCAGGUGUCUGGGACUGCAGGCAACUCUCAGUCUGCAGCCGAGGUUGAUCCACAACUGCAGGAACAACCCCCCUGACACCUCCAGGGAGGGACAGGGUCUGUCCACCAGCCAGGUCUCAGGCGAGGACAUGGAGUACGACUCCGAGUCGGACAGCAUCUCCACUGUGGGAGCGACCAACAGCUACUACUCACUAGAGGAGGUGAACCAGUUUCUGGACGAAACCUUCGGCAGGUCUGUUAGAGUGCAGGAGUAUUUUGAGGAUACGGACAAGUUCAUAAAAACUGUGGUCGUUUUGAAAAGAAAAACAGGAUUUGAUCAGCUGGACGAAAAGAAGCGGUUCCGCCUCAAAAAACACAUCACCACACUGAGAAAAGGACAAGUGAGGAACCCCACCCACAAUCUUCAAAACAUCUCACUAGUAUCAUUAAACAACUGGAUCUCCUGGACACAUGGAGGAUUAAACAUCCACAGUCCAGACAGUACACAUGGGUGAGGGUUAGAGACAACAGGGUGACUGCAGCCAGACUGGACAUGAUCUUCAUCUCCCAAAGUCUUGGCUCCAGACUUAUCAGCAGCAGCAUAAACCCUGUUGGUUUCACUGACCAUCAUCUGGUGAUGUCAGAGCUUGUCCUUCCAACAGGGGAAAGGGUUAAGUCCUACUGGUCUUUCAAUAACAAACUGCUGCAAGACACUAGGUUCGGUCAGUCUUUUGAGCUUUUCUGGCGAGAGUGGAAAGAAAAAAACCCUGAUUUUAGUUUGUUAAAACUGUGGUGGGAGAUAGGGAAGACACAAAUCCGUGUUCUCUGUCAGCAGUACACUGAACAUUCUACUGCUAAGAUCAAGAAUGCUGUCAGUGAUCUUGAGGGCAGCAUCAGAAAAAUGGAAGAAAGACUGAGUAGAGACUCAGAUCCCGCCACAGGCCGGCUCCUGCAACAGAAAAGGCUGGAGUUGAGCUCAUACAUGCAGGAGAGAGUAAAGGGAGCUCUUGUCAGGUCUCGCUUCCUCAAGCUGAAAGACAUGGACGCUCCAAGCUCUUUCUUUUUUAACCUGGAAAGAAGAGUAGCGCAGAGGAAGCAGAUGACCUGCCUCAGGCUCCCAGGAGGCAGAGUGACCACCAGCCCGGGCGAGAUGGGGAGAUGUGCUUCAGACUUCUACGCUGAGCUCUCUGGUGCCGAACAAUGCAGCAUGAAGUGUCGCGGCGAGCUUCUGGAGGGGCUUCCUCAGCUGAGCCGGGACGAGAGGGUUGCUCUGGACUCUGAGCUGACUCUGGAAGAAUUAACAGUGGCCGUUAACCAGAUGGCAUCAGGGCGGGCGCCGGGGAUCGAUGGCCUCACCACUGAUUUUUUCAAGCAGUUUUGGAACAUUAUCGGUCCUGAUUUUCAUUUGGUAUUGCUUGAGGUUUUCAGAACAGGCUCUCUUCCCGUUUCCUGUCAGCGUGCAGUCCUUUCCCUGCUGCCGAAGAAGGGAGACUUGGCCCUUCUUGAGAACUGGAGGCCAGUCUCUCUUCUUUGUAUGGAUUACAAGGUGCUUUCAAGAGCAUUGUCAAACAGACUAAAGGAUUUCAUGGGAAUAAUUAUUCAUACGGACCAGACUUAUUGCAUACCAGAGAGGACAAUUAUGGACAAUAUUUUCUUUGUACGCGAUGUAAUGGACCUGUGUAAAUGUUAUAAUGUGAAUGGGGGUAUUGUUUCUCCGGACCAAGAAAAGGCCUUCGAUAGGGUUGACCACACUUAUUUGUUUUCUACACUGAGGGCUUUUGGUUUGGGUGAUGGUUUUCUGUCAUGGCUUAGAUUACUGUAUAAUGGUGCUCAAUGCAUGGUAAAGGUGGGGGCAGGUCUUAGUCGGCCGAUCCCGAUUCAGCGAGGCAUUAGACAAGGCUGUCCAAUCUCUGGGCAGUUAUACAGUUUAGCCAUAGAGCCUUUGCUAUGCAGGUUGAGGAGUCGGCUUAGCGGUCUCUCCCUGCCUGGGGUCUCAAAUUUUGAUUGUCCUCUCACCAUUUCAGCUUAUGCCGAUGAUGUUUAUGUUUUGGUUUUAAAUCAGGGUGAUGUAGCAGUUUUGCAGGACACACUUUCCACCUAUGGAAAGGCUUCUUCUGCACAGGUGAACUGGGUAAAGUGUAAGGCCCAUUUGAUGGGUCACUGGAGAGAUCAGGCAGCACCCAGUCUUCCGGGAGGACUUGAGUGGGAAAAGGAGGGGAUGAAAGUGUGGGGAGUUUGUUUGGGCACUGAGGGUUUUCAAGGGAAGAACUGGGAGGGAGUGAAGGAAAAAGUGUGCACUCGGUUGUCUAAAUGGAAAUGGUUGCUACCCCAGUUGUCAUAUAGGGGAAGAGUUCUGGUCGCCAAUAACUUAGUUGCCUCGACUCUGUGGCAUCCCAUAAUCUCUCUGACACCUCCAAAUGGCCUGAUCGAGGACAUCCAGAGAGCCAUCCUGGACUUCUUCUGGUCUGGUCAUCACUGGAUCCGGGCAGCAGCCCUCUACCUGCCGGUGACUGAAGGGGGGCAGGUUCUUGUCGACGUUCGUUCUAAAAUGGCUUCUUUUAGUCUUCGUACAGCGCAAAGACUAUUGUAUGAAUGUGGCCCGAGUUGGUUGGGAACAUCGCGUCUGCUGCUGAGGAGGGCUGGGAGAUUUGGCUACGACAAACAGUUAUUCCUUUUACAGCCGGAGGGGGUGGACCUUACCGGACUGACACCUUUCUACAGCUCAGUGCUGCAGACAUGGCAGAUUGUAAAAAGCAUACGAGAAGAUGAAAUGACCAAAGGUAUGUGGUUGUUUGAAGAACCGUUGUUUUAUAAUAACUUCAUACAGACUAAAACACUGCAAUCUGCCAGCCUGCAAGUCAGUCUCAGAGAGGCCGGCUGUACAAAACUGGGGCAUCUGAUGAAGUGGACAGAUACAUCUGUGGAGGCCUUGGGACAGAACAGUAGCAUCGCCUCCUCAGGCUCAUCAACAAGGUAGUGAGGGAGGUGUUAGAGGCUCUACCACCACCCUUAAGGACCUUCGUGGAAAAUCAGACUGUGUGUGACCAGUGGAGUGAAGGUGGUGAGUAUGGUUUCCCCUCUCUUGGUAUUACACCAGCUCUGGAGGAUUGGCAGGAGGGAGGAGGCCAUCUACUGCAUUUUACAACCCCACACCUGGAUGUUUUUCAGGCAGCAGGAAAAAGGAAAUAUAUCAACUCUGUGUUAAGGUCCUGAAUCUGCGUUCUCUGGAAUGGAUGAAGGAGUCGAGGUGGACUGAGUUCUUUGGCCCAGACAUUUCCGCGAAAAACAGCUGGCGGUCACUGUACAAGCUGCCCAUUGAAAAACGGACAGGAGACCUCCAGUGGAGGGUCGUACACGGGGCGAUAGCUACGAACAGAUACAGAGUGCACCUUGAUCCGGAGCUGGGGGAGGAGUGUGGUUUCUGUUCACAGGGUGAGACCCUGGCACAUUUAUUUGUCCAGUGUCCGCGUCUGUCUUCUCUGUUUGAACUUUUAAAAAGGUGGUUUCAGGGCCUUGGUGAGGGGUUUUCUUUUGACUUGUUUAUGUUUGGCCCAAGGUACUUUGUUAAGAAGAAAAAUGUACAUACACUGGUGAACUUUUUGUCUGGCGCUGCUCAGUUGGCCAUAUGGCUGACACGCAGGAACCAGGUCCAGGACAAGGGUAGCAUGGAACUACUGGCGGUGCUGGAGGGACUGAUCAGAGCUCGACUGAGGGUCGAGCACUCCUAUUACAGGAUGACCGACAACAUCCAGACCUUCAGCCAAAUAUGGGCUGUUGGAGGGGUUCUGUGUUCUGUGGGGGAAGAUGGACAUCUGGUGUUUCAUUUCUAGUUUUCUUUUUUUUGUUGGUCUGUAAAUUUGCGGUGAUUUGAAACGAUUUGUUAUUCUUUAUUUGCUAACAGGUAAGAAUGUGAAAAAUGGUCUGUUCUCCUGGUACUGGUGAAUAAAGGGAUUUUGAAAACCAAA